CCAUCAAGUAUUGUUCAAAGCUGGAGUGAAGCUGGUGUGCUUUUAUUAUGCCUAAUUUUUGAAAUGCGUUUUUUUCAUAUCGUAGUUUAAAAUACUUAUUUUAAGUACUUUAUCCGUCAGUUAAAUGAAACUUUAUUUCUAAAAUACUUCCUUUUUUGAUUUUUUCUUUUCUCACAUUGAAAAUAAGAAGAAAUAACCAUGAAUGUAGCUCAAGGCAUUGGCAUUAACAAUCGGUACGAAUUAUUUUGUGAUGAGGAUGUUGAUCCUCUAGAAAUUUUAAAGAAAAGCGAAGAAGAAAAGCAAAGAAGAAAAACCGAAAAAACUCAGUUAAAAGAUAAAAAGCCUGUUAAAGCCGCUAAGGUUGUGCCAGCGGCAUCGCCGAAGAAGCCUACCGAAAGCGUGCACACCAAACCUGUAAAAGAUGCAGUUGAAGUUCCUAACAAGAUGAGAGGAAGGCAGAAUGAUAGACCCCCGAGAAGUAUUGGAAAUUACCAAGACAGGGAAAUUGAGAAAAAUGCCCGCAACAAGGAUGACCAAUUUUUUAACAAUGAUCUAAAAGAUGCCGAGUAUCGAAGAGGCCGUGGUGGAUAUCGUGGAAGGGGUGGACGAGAACGUGGUCGGGGAUUCUUCAAUAAUGCUGAAGGCAGGAAUCGUCGAGUUUUUGAUCGUCACAGUGGUAGUGACAAAACAGGAGUUAGACCUGUUGAUAAGAGAGAUGGAGCUGGUCCCAAUAAUUGGGGUGAUUUGAGAAGUGAGGUCACUCAAGCCCAUAAUGAUGAAAAUACUUGGGAAGAAGAAUUUGAGUCUGGAGGUGACAGGCCUGAUGAUGAUCAUACUGAAUCUGGUAAAUUUGCUGAUGAUGGAGUAAAAGGCGAGAAUGAAGUUCAGGAUAACUCUGAAUCAAAAGAUGCUGAACAAAAUGCGGAAGAACAAAUUCAAGAAGCAGUCAAGGAGAUGACUUUGGAUGAAUACAAGCGGGAGAUUGAAGCUAAGAAACCAGUGCACAAGUUUAACAUCCGUAAGCCCGGUGAAGGAGAAGAUGAAAAACAGUGGAAGAAAGGAUAUGUUCUGAAGAAGAAGGUGCCAUUAGAAGAUGAAGAACAAGAUGAUGAUGAUGAAGAGGAAGAAGAAUUUGGACGCAAAGGGCAGCAAAAGGUCCUGUUGGAUUUCCAGUUUAACUUCACUGAUUCACGCCGUGGUAUGCGAGGUAGGGGCCGUGGAGGACGAGGUGGCCCUAGAGGUGGUGCUAACCGUGAUACUCCUAGAGAAGAUAGAUUGAGAGAAAAUCGUGGUGGAAGAGGAGGGCGAGAGUCAUCUAAAGGCAAGGGACAGCAAGCUGCUCCACGUGUUGAUGAUUUCAACGACUUCCCAUCAUUAAAUAAUGCUUAGCAUUUUCAGACCUUCAGUUUAUAGUUAUCAUUCCUGCCUAUCAUGUGUUGUUUUACUGUUAUGGAUGUAACAUCAUAAAUGAGGACUGGUAAGACUCUUAAUGGGUCCAGCUAGGUAUCAAAUGUACCUAAAGGCGAACAGUUCUUCAUAGACAAUAUUUACUUUGAAAUUUAUUCACAGGAAUGAAAUCUAUGAACUUUUUUCUUUAUUUUUAACUUCAUGAACAUUUGAUAUUUGUUAUUCAAGCAUAGCUCGGCAGCAUCUUUUCAACAGGACUUAUUUGAAAACACUGAACAAAUAUUAAAUCUUAAUUUUAAACAUAUGUAUGAUUUUUGUUUUAAGUGUGAAAAUAAUGUAUGAAUUUUUCAAAUAAUACUCUUUGUCAUUGUCUGAUCGUUGCAUUGGCCAAGUUGUGUUGUAUAUUGUUACUUAAUAUACUCAACAACAAAGAUGUUAGUUUUUGUUAUUUAGAGAAUAUUGCCACAGUUUGUAUGCAACAAAAAUUUUGAUUUUUAAAAAAUAAUUUUUUGUUUAGUUUAUUUUGUAAAACUUAAUUGAAUUUUUUAAUUGCUUCCAAACAUAUUAAUGGAUAAAAAUUGUUAAUUAAUAUGUCCUGAUCGACUUUAAUGAUAUAAAGUUGGUCUUGUAAAACUGUUAAUAAGUGGUAGCAUCUGAUUUGUGCCAUAUCUAUUAACAGCAUUGUUGAAUAUCUGUGCCUGCUGUGCUUUUCAUGUUCAUUUGAUGAUAAUUGAAAUAAAUGGUCAUGGAGUUA